UUUGGAAAACCUACGACGGCAGUUUUACUGGCCUGGCAUGGCACUGCAAGUCUGGGAGUCCAUACGCAGGUGUGAAGUCUGUAAGGAGACGAAAUCGCCGAAUUUCCGGAUGCAAGUUGGUAUCGGUGAGAGAGUCCAGACUGAGCAGCCAUUUCAGAAGCUGUAUAUCGAUUUCCUGGGCAAAUAUCCGUGGUCGAAGCAGAGACAGGCCAAUAUCUUCAUUCUGGUGGAUCACUUCUUCAAAUACACUUUUCUGAAAGCCAUGCAAGAGGCAUCGGCCUCAAAUGUAGUGGAGUUCCUCAUUCAUGAGGUUUUCUUCAAGUUUGGCGUUCCAGAAAUAGUGCAUUCGGACAACGGAUGCCAGAAGCUCCGUUCUUCACAGUAUUUGGACGACACAUGUUCCUGAAAUGGCCAGCUACAAGUUGGCAAGAAAGUUGAAGUCAUUGUGUGAAAACGAAAUGGCGGGUCUCGUCCGGGGCUGAUAAACUCCAAGUGAUCCAUGACAAGGUGCAGAAGAGCCUCGAAAAUUCAUACGAUCGGAGUCGCCUGCGGUACGACAAAAAGGCUCGUACUGUCCUUGCAAAGCCAUUUCUGGAAGUGUAUCGCCGCAACUUUGGCAUUAGCGAUUUUAAAAAAUCCUUAAAUGCCAAGUUUGCUCGGAAGUUCCUGAAAGCUCGGGUGGACGACCGAUCGGAGUGUACCAUGCCAAGAAUAUUAGGUUGUGAUCUGGAAAGAUGAACAACAAAGUACACGAGCUCAGAAUCGGAAUGUAUCUACUUCCCGUAAAGC